CCAUAUCGCUUUUUAAAAGAACGACUCUUGGCCAGAAGUGCUCUUGAUGACAGCGAGUCCGACUUCGAAGACGACGAGGACACCGUUCAGCAAAAGCAACCCUCCAUGUCAUACCGACCAGGAAAGGUCAAGAAGAGCUGUGACAUCCUCGUCAUUGACGAUGAUACUUCAGCACACAUCACCCAAAUCAGGGCACGCCCUGGGGGUGUGGCUUUUGAGGUUGCAAAUAACUUUGACCCAAUCGCAAAGGUAGCAGACGUCAAAUUCAGCCGAGGGGGCGUGGCUUUCGAGAUCAUAUCAGACCAAUCUCCACUUCCGGCUGCAGAUAAUAGCGAGCCAUCGGAGAUGUCUCUCCUUAGUCAGCCAAUCUCAACCAUGAGCUGCACACGUCACGCAAAGGAAGGCAUGGCUUUCGAGAUCGACUUCAGCGAAAGCGAGGAGCAGAAGCAACAACUCAAGACUCUGAGCAAAGUGACGUCACACAUUGCCAAAGAAGGGUGGAGUGAGCGUGGUAUCAUCAAAGAAACUGAUGACGUAUGGGUAGCAAACAAAGUUCUUGCAAUGAAUGACAAUGCAAGGAGGAACAAGAAACGUUUGGCUUCUCUGAAGAAGGCUGAGGAAGAGUUAGACCUGAUGACAGCUACUAUGACAGAGAGGGCCCUUGACAGCUUCCACUACAUCCUGGUGAAGGAAACGUGCACAAAACACAGUCUUCUAAGGAGGGCCCAGUUCAAGGCCUGGCAGAAGAAGAUGAUGCAGUAG